CGAUGUGUAAAACGAAUGCUCAGAGUUAGCAACGGACUGUGCAAAUGUAGAAAGUAAUUGUUUCCUUCAGAAUUAUAAUUCAUUGUUAUGCCGAAGACCUUAAGAUUUAGCAAGAUAAAACUUAGUCAUACUCUCUCACAAUUGUCGGGUGUAUUGAACAGUGUUGACAUGUGAAAUGCAGCCGCCUGUUGAAAUUAAACUUCUGUUUGUUGAUCUGCAAAAAGCACUGAGCAGCGCGUAGUCUGAAUCUAAAAAGAAAGUGGCUUUCAGCUACUCGACUAUCACUCGCAACUGAAUUGAUGCCGGAUACGAAUUGAAAAUUGCCAGACCUCCUCGGUGGAACGAGAGGACAUGUGAGAACCUAUAUCGAGACGAUAGGCCAACUAAGCGUGACAUAGGCUUGCCCUGACGCUAACAGAACUUCGAGUUUUCGCGCGCUAGUUUGAAGUUACAUACGAUUAGUAUGUGGAUACGUAUUUCUCAGAAGAUUAGGCUAGAGCGAAGUUGACGGCGAAAAGUGUCGAAAAUCAUGUUUAGAAGUCAAAUAAUAGUAAAUAUUGAUUAUAAAAGCGGCUAAGGAAGCCGACUUAUAAGAUGGGCUAUCUAACGCGAUAACGUGUGAUAACUGUUGAGGGAGUUACAAGUAAAGCACAAUGGAGAACAUAUGAAAGGCAGAAAGACGCUUACAAUAAAGCACAUUAGUAUAAUGAAAGCUAACGUUGCAUACAUACGUGUCUGUUGACAAAGUGGUAAAUAAGAGAAACGUGUGGUUGCGAAGUUUUUGAAUACGUUUUUGCAAAGACUUGUAGGGAUAAUUUGUGACUCUUCUCAGUAAGUCGUGCAGCCGUUUGCGAUGAGACGCGACCUUCUAUUAUCGCUCAUUUUAGUUGCGAUCGUUCCCAUAAGAGUCGGGGCAUCGAAAUCGGCGACUUCAAAAAAUGAUGACGAUAUUUGGUGCCAAAAUCCACACGGCAAAAAUGUGGAGUGGUUUAUCAUGUACAAGGCUCCGAAGACGGCUAGCACAAACAGAAGUAUGCAGCGCUACGAACUUCGUGGGUCAGAAUACGGAUAUUUUGACUCGGAAAAUCCCGCCGAUUCGCAGGCAUUUUUAGAUGGAGGAAAUAACAUCUAUUUGGAUCGAAAUAAUUCGCUGGCUAACACGCUCAGAAGGAUUUUCAGACAAAAUUCUAGCGACAAUGCGGAAUUAGUGUACAUUGUGUACAACGAUCAGCCCCCUCCAGGUAUGAGUAACUCAACUUCAAACGGUCAUACCAAAGGAGUUGUUAUUUUUGGAGCACGUACUGGACUCUGGAUCGUUCAUAGCGUUCCCCGAUUUCCUGAUAAACUCUUCACUGGAAAGUAUUCAUUUCCAAAUAGUGCUCGUGAAAAUGGCCAGACCAUUAUCUGUACUACAUUUAACAUCGAUAAGUUAAACACAAUUGCUGCGCAUCUUCGUAAGCAGAAUCCCACUAUGUAUGCAGCAAGUGCUCCGGCCGCGCUUCGUUCUAAGUACAAGGAGCUCGAUUUGCUUUUUAACAAGACUUUCAACCCUGAAGAGCCCUUUGUCGCCAUAGACGUAUUGCAAGCUAUCAAUGGCACUGCCUUCACAGCUUUCGCAAAAAAUGGACGUCUUAAUAAAGAUAUUUACUCGGGGGUACUGGCACCAACCCUGGAAACAAACCUCUUUGUAGAAUCGUGGCAAAAUGGAAACGGAGGUAAGCUUUUCCCAGAUCUUUUAGAUAAAUACAAGGUGGUCGACGUCAAGGAGAUUGCCCUCAGAGUAGGUCAGAAGGUUAUGCGCUGGAACAGUCACGAAGACCACUCAAAGUGGGCAAUCGGUAAUGAGACAGACUGGGUUUGCAUCGGAUCCAUCAAUCGCAUGAAAUCUCAAUUUAAACGCGGUGGUGAGACGUUAUGUUUGCAACACAGCGUUGUUCAUGGGCUGUUCGCAAAGGCGAUGGUGAAGCACGCGUCUUAUAGCAUCGACAAAAUAAGAACUUGCGGACGAGUUCUCUGAGUGUCUGCUCCACAAUGAAGCUGAUGCCAACUCAAAGAAGUCAGAUGAGCCAAGUGGGUUGAUUUCGCCGUCGAGUAGUCGAAAACAACAAGAGAGCUCCAGCAAACUGUGGGGGAAGCAAAAGAAAAAGCUUCUAACGGAAAUAGAGGGAACUCUAGCAGUGCUUGUAUAACUGAUAAACCCGGCAGGCAUCGGUUCCACAGCAGAUUUUUGUGCUGUUACAAUCUACUUAACCCAUGGACGACCGUUUAGCUUCACAAAAACUCUGAGUUCUAUGUAUAGUACGGACGCUGACUCGUCUAUUUUCACAAUAGGUGCAUUGCCAAAUAUUCUCAAAUUGCGCAGCGAAUGUUUAAGUAGUCGUAUUAAGAUAAUGUGCGGUAUAUUUGAAUACCUGUUAAAAGUGGCGAUUAAUAUCUUUGAAAUAAAAGAAACCAUUGUUCUUCAAAUGAAGCUCGAACCAGCCAUUUCUUAAAUACAAAAUCUUGUUAGCGACUGGGAAUGACUAGUAAAAAGCAUAUGUUUCACUUUAAAAGACUUAAGUGUAAAAACAUUUAAUUAUACCAAGAAGGAAAAGUAAAGGUAAAUAAAGUGACUACACCUAAAAGCAGAUUUGGAAUCUGCUGGUAAAACAUCACAUGAUGGUUAUAAGAAUACUACUUUAAAACUUGUCCAGUUAAAUGUUUUUUUAUGAACUACGGGAUUGAAAAUACUUGAUUUCAUUAAUGAAUCCAUUUAAACCGGCAGAACGAUAGUAUCGUUGGCUGUCUCUGUCAAUGUUCAUGAAAAAAAACUUCGAAGUGUGUUCAAUUCGAUCAUUUAAUAAAAUGACAUUUAUCGUAAACUUAGUUUCCGUUCCUAACAAUAACUGUGAAUAAAGAUUAACUAAAAUAUAUGUAUUUUACUCAGCUAAGGUUUUUUAAAGGCAAAGAUUUAUUUAAUUGGAGUAAUCUUUUUAACAAAUGGGGCCUCCCAAAUAAUGAACACUCAUGCAUUGUUUGUUAUGUUACAUAACAUAACAGGAUCCUUUGAAAAACAAGUGUCAAAGGCCGUUUUUGGUGACUUUUGUUUUUUUCAAUGAAUUUAACAAAAAUCUAGAAUACGGUGUUACGCGAAGCAGCACCGGUGUUGUUACACGCAUAGCCAGUCGAUAGAUGUCAAUUCAUCGAGUGCAUUUUGUGUCCAUAAAUCGGUGCCAAAUUUUGUACUUCUUGCAUUUUACUCAAUAAUUCUGCUCCAUUUUAAGGUCCUCGUGCUAACCAUUUAGAGCGACUUUUUUGAAAUAACUUUUCAAAGUGUUAUGUUCGAUGACAAACUCUUGUGGGCCAUAACCUCUCAAGAAUAGCGUCGUGUCCUAGUAGAACUAUCGUUGCCAUAUGUUUUCAAAGGGCAGUUUCCAUUAGUGGAACAACUGAAUUGCGAACUUGGGCGCUUUUACUUUUUGCGAACACCACGAUCAUACCUAAAGAACAAUGAAGACCUUGCCUUUAACCAUAGAAUUGAUCUAACAGUGCAAGGACAAGGUUGUUGGAAAUAAACAAUAUUCAUAUCUGGAGACGUAACCAUUCGUGUUCCCCAUUAUAGUGCGUAGAAGGUACUUCCUUAAAACGUUCGCACAAGCUAAGGCAAAUUGAAACCCGAACGGUCUGGCCAAGCAAUCUGGGUAGCAAAUAAAAUCGUAACACGUUUUCCCAUGUCAUCGAAUAUAACCAUAAGAAUUAUUCUCAGAUUAUGGACAUAAUAAUUUAUUUAACACCAUUUAAAUAAAUUUCGUGUUCGUUUACCAUCCUUGCACUCCGGCGAGACUAAGGCCGAGUUUAACGUUUCCAUAGGCGGUCAUAGGCCCGGCAGCAAAAGCUGGGGCGGUAACAACUUUAGCAACCUUGACGGGGGCG